AGGCGGACAACUCCCAGGAGCUGUUCAGACUACCGCCCUCUGCCGAUCUGACGAACGGCUGGGACCUCACCAGGAUGGCCCUUGAGGACAAGGAGGGCGGCAUCGAGUUUGAUUAUUACGGCUUCGAGUACGGGCACAUGAUGAAGUCUAUCUUAGGCGAGGAGCCGCCCGCUAAUGGGCGCUGGCUCCCGCCGCGCGCCCCCGCGCCCCCGCCCCUCGCUCGGCCGUCGUCGUCGUCGUCGGCCGUCGUCGUCGUGUCGUCGUCGUCGUCCUCGUUCUCGAGGUCGUCGUAUCGAAGGUGGUUCGAGCGCGUCUGGAGGUUCUCAUCACCUCAGCGGGACGCCACUCAGACAAUUUGCCAUGAUGGACCCCAGGGGAGUGAACGGCGGACCAGGUUUGAAUGGAUUUUGCUCGGUGGCGGGGCGAUACGUAUAUUUCUCAGAAAUGUCUCCGCCUCUCCGCCUUCUCUUUCCUCUUUUCGACCUCCACAUCAUCAAAGCAGUGGACUCUCACUCGUGGGCUGGGGAAAUACCUUGGUCGUGGUGGGACACCCUCUAUUCUUCAUCCUUCGCGAAUCC